ACCUACCAGGUCAAGCUCUAGCGCCUUUCUGUAAAAAUUAAAAAAUCUUUUUUAACUCGGCAUAUCCUCGAAAGCCGCAGCCAUGGGCCCAAGGAAACGCAUUUCGAAGAUCGCAUCGCGGAGCGAGGUGCCUGUGGCGCAGACGACGGAGAGCGCGUCCGGGCGUUCAGUUGGCACCCAAACCGAUGUCCUGGCAAUUGUUCCGCCGAAGCCCAAGAAGACGAAGGACAAGGGCAAGCCGCUGGCCUUGCAGGUUCCGCCGUCCCAGCAGGUGGACACAUACCUGAUGCCGGCGGUCAAUCCGCAAGCAUCGCCGGUGGCCGCUUCCGCCGUGGAAGGUGGACAGCCGGCGGCUUGCCCGGAGUUUGUCCCCGAAUUGAAUGAGAAGGCGUGCCAGGCGGAGCACGGCGCUACUCCGGACCCGGCCGACCGGGGGAUCACCCCGAAUUUCGGCGAGCGGCAGAUGACCUACCUGAAGUCCCUGGUGACCAAUCGACGCGAGAAGGCCAACCACUGGGAUCGGAAACGUCUAGAGACUCUGAUGGCCCUGAUCAACAACAACCCACCGCCGCGUUGGCACCUGGCCUCCCAGAUGUGGCUCGAGGUCGACCAACUGGAGGAGCGCAUAGAGGCCUACGAUCAGAGGGAGCUGCUGGAUGCCAAGAAACGUAAAGUGGACGAGGAGCUGGAAAAUGAGCAAUGUGAGGGGCAGGACGGGCUGCAGGAAGGGCUGCAGGAAGGGCUGCAGGAAGGGCUGCAGGACGGGCUGCAGGAAGGGCUGCAGGACGGGCUGCAGGACGAAGAGAUGGACGACACACAGAACGAGCAGAACGAAGAGGUUCUUCAACUUCCAGCGACGACUUAGAAAAUCGAGCCACUGUUCUAAGUCUUAUUGUUCAUAUUACAUCAUUCAUAAGAAUUUAGAAAAUGUAAUCUGUUGGGGCCGCUGGGGAUAAAUACACCCCACGAUUAACCGAAAAUUCUAUACGAUGUAAAACAGCUCAAUAUAACCCACAUUGGUUCU